CUAAGGGAAACUCGCAAGUUACAUUCAGGGAAUAUUUUGUAAAUUAUUGUUGCAAACACCUUGAUCGCAAACUCUGUCCGCUGCGGAAGAAGGAAAACAACGCUUCAAUUUCCACACCCGAUCGCCCUAGUUGGAUUUUGCAACGGGAAAAGGUUUAGUUAAGGACCGCAAGGAUGAACACUCAGCAGCGGAUUGCCGCUAUUGGAACAGACAAGGAAUUGAGUGAUCUGCUGGAUUUUAGCGCGAUGUUUUCUCCGCCGGUAAACAGUGGGAAAAACAGGCCAACUACCCUGGGGAGCAGCCAGUUUAGCGCAUCAGGUAUGGACGAGAGGACGAGCCAGGCGUCCUGGGUGGCGGGAGGCCAGUCCAGCCCCUCCUACGAGACCUCCAGGGGGUUUGCAGACAACCCUCAUUAUGGUGAUCAGCUGAGUGACAGUCGAUUAGUGUCCCAUGAAGGAUUGUCCCCGACACCUUUUAUCAACUCCGGCAUCAUGGGUAAAUCAGAGAGGCCUCCGUUCCCCACCUACGGGCGGGAUCCGGGAGUUUUGGGGUGCCAGCCUGCCCUGCGCUCAGACAUGGGAAUGGGGAGCCCCAGACCAGUGACCACGGCGGGAAAAACCACCGCGCCCUUCUUCUCUUUCUCAGCAGCCAACCCAAGGAGACGUGCCCUCCCGGACUCUUCUCCCAUCGAUCCUUUGCAAACAAAGAAAGUCCGGAAGGUUCCGCCGGGAUUACCCUCAUCUGUUUAUGCACCGUCUCCGACCUCGGAGGACUUUAACCGAGACUCCCCCACCUUCCCGCCAGCCAAGCCGCCCAGCAGCAUGUUUGCGAGCACCUUCUUCGAUGGGACCCAAAACUCCUCUGACCCCUGGAGCUCGUCCAACGGGAUCAGCCAGCCCGGCUACGGGGGGAUUCUGGCGAGCUCCUCAUCUCACAUGUCGCAGCCGGGAAACUACGGCAACAUGCACUCGCACGAGCGCCUGAACUACCCCGCACACUCCGUCUCCCCGACAGACAUCAACCCCAGUCUUCCUCCCAUGUCCAGCUUCCACCGUAACAACAGCAGCACUUCGCCCUUCGUCGCCGUCUCGCACACUCCGCCCGUCAACGCCACGGAGAACGUUCUGGCAGCAGUUGCUGCUGCUGCCGCCGCUGCAGCAGGGCCCCGGGGGAACAGCACUGGAAGCUCACAGACUGGAGAUGCACUUGGAAAAGCCCUGGCUUCGAUUUAUUCGCCCGACCACACCAGCAGUAGCUUCCCAUCGAACCCGUCUACGCCAGGGGGAUCUCCAUCGCCUCUGGCAGGAGCAGCGGGCGCAGCAGGCACGCCUGGCACCACAGGCACCAACCAGUGGUCCAGAACGGCUGGCCAGACCCCCUCCUCCCCCAGCUACGAGAGCUCCCUGCACUCACUGAAAAAUCGAGUUCAUCAGCAACUCCAUGAGCAUCUGCAAGAUGCCAUGUCCUUCUUAAAGGAUGUCUGUGAGUCUCGGAUGGAGGAUCGUCUGGACAGACUGGACGAUGCCAUCCAUGUCCUGCGAAACCAUGCAGUAGGCUCCACCACCAGUUUGCCCAGUGAAAUACACAGCCUCCUGGGACAAGCACACAACGGGCCAAUUGCAGCCCUCGGCGCAAACUUCCCUGCAUCGGGAUUGGUCGGCAGUCGAACAGCAUCAAUGGUUGGAGCUAACCGGGAUGAAGCCACCAACAAUCACGCCGGACUGCCUGGUGCAGGCCCCAAUGCCAGCAGCGACCUGAACCACCAGGCCGACAUCUUCAGAGGACUGGCGGGAGGACUGGCCAGUAAAGUCGCCGCUGCUCUGGAGCUGAAGAUGGAAAGCCAGGAGAAGGAUGACCAUUCCUCCGACGACCUCCGGUCUGACGACGAGAGCGAAAAAAGGGACAUCAAGACACCCCGUGGGGGAACGCGAACAAGCAGCAUCAACGAGGACGAGGAUCUGAACCCGGAGCAGAAGGCGGAGCGUGAGCGCGAGAGGAGGAUGGCCAACAAUGCGCGCGAGAGGCUGCGGGUUCGAGACAUCAACGAGGCCUUCAAGGAGCUGGGCCGCAUGUGCCAGCUGCACCUGAAGAGCGAGAAGCCGCAGACCAAGCUGCUCAUCCUGCACCAGGCCGUGGCCGUCAUACUGAGCCUAGAACAGCAAGUCAGAGAACGGAACCUGAACCCAAAAGCGGCCUGUCUUAAGAGGAGGGAAGAGGAGAAGGUGUCCAGUGUGUCUGCAGAUCCCCAGCAGGGCCACUCGGUGGUCCAUGGCCUCACUGAUGCCUCCAACCCUAUGGGCCACCUCUGAGGAGGAGCCAGACCCACGGGAUCCGGAGCAGUUCUUCUGUAUGACACGGUGGGCUCCCUUACUUCCCAAGGAUAGGCAGGAACUCACAAUUUGUGACACAGAUCUGAAAAGACUCACCACUUGAAACGAAAAUAAAUAAACAAAUACAUUUCAAAGAAAGCAAUCUCAAGAUUGGGAAAAAAAAUAACCCCCACUGACCUCCCCUCCCCCCACCUCACCACCCCCCCCCCCCCCAACUCCCUGUGAACGCUCCCGGCCGUGAUCAGAGAACUCGUGCACUCCAGCACACCUCGUUCCGUUUGCAAGCAGCGUGUCGUAUCUGAACAAUCAGAAACUGUGGCGAUCCUCUCCGCUCUCCGGGUGGAAAGUUGACUUGUGCCUAAACUGAAUUUGACGAAUGCAUUGUAACCACAAUUGUUUCUUUUUGUUUGUUGCAUUUUAUUUAUUUUGUUACUGAGUCAUAACUAAGUCUGUGUCUAAAGGGAAAGUUAUUUCAUUGUUUUAAUUGGCUGAUCUGGUCUCAGUUGACCUACAGUUUGCCUACAAAGCCCCCACACCCCCUCACCCAAACCUGGUCUGAAUGGAGCAGUUUAGCUGUAUAGAAAACUGCCAAAAAAUGUCUUCACUAAUUUGUGUUGUGUUUAUGCCCUUCCCAAAAUGAAAUAGUGAUAGAUUCACAUUAAAAAAAAAAUUACAUUUAUAAUGUAUAUAUUAUCACACAGAUAUAUAUUUUUUAAAUUAUAUGUACAUUCAGCAGCCACUUCAUUGGGUACACCAAUCUAGUACUGGGUAGGGCCCCCUUUUGCCUCCAGAGCAGCCUGAAUUCUUUCCUUGGGGAUUUUGGUGCAUGCUGACUCAAUGGCAUAGUACACUUUCUGCUGAUGUGUUUCUGUUUGGGCCACAAAUUCAUGCUAUGAACCUCCCAUUCCACCUUGUCCCAAAGGCGCUAUAUCGGAUUGGAUUGAGAUCAGGGACUGUGCAGGCCAUUGGAGCAAACUGAAGCCACUGUGGUGUUCCUGGAAUCAAUUUGAGAUGUUGCGUUCUGUGUCCUGCGAGAAGUGUCCAUUUGACAAAGGCCAAAAAGGGAUGCACAUGGUCUGCAACAAUGCUUAGGUAUGCUGUGGCAUUCAAAUGAUGCUCAAUAGGUAUUCAGCGGCCGAACGUGUGCCAAAAAACAUUCCCUUUACGCUACCACCACCAACCCACACUGUUGACACAAUGCAGCAUGGAUCCAUAGAAUCAUGCCAAUUUAUGAUUCUACCAUCUGUAUGUCCCAGCAGAAAUCAAGAUUUGUCAGACCAGGCAACAUUUUCUAAUCUUCAGUCAUCCAGUUUUGGUGAUCACGUGAAUAGUGUAGUCUCAUCUUCCUGUUGUUAGCAGACAGGAGUGGUGCCUGGUGUAGUCUUCUGCUGCUGUAGCCCAUCUGCUUCAAGGUUUGACUCACCGUGGAUUCAGAGAUGCCCUUCUCCACACACUGUUGUCAACAGCUGUUAUUUGAGCAUUUCUGGUCUUGCUGUUAACUUGCCGAUUCUCCUCUGACCUCUCUCAUCAACACGGUGUUUUCACCCACAGAUCUGUUGCUCUCUGGAUGUUUUUUUUUAUUUAUCGCACCAUUCUCUUUCAACUAUAAAGCUCAUAGGGCGUGAAAAAUCCCAGGAGGGCAGCUGUUUCUGAGAUGCUGGAACCACCACAUCUGGCACCAACAAUCAUACCCCACCCCGAUUUGAUCACCUAUUCUCUGCACCAUGUCUGCAUGCUUUAUGUAUUGAGUUGCAGCCACGUGAUUUGCUGUUAGGAGGAGCAGGCUAUUCGCAUUAACGAGCAGGUGUACCUAAUAAAGUGACCACUAAGUGUAUAUACUAUGUAUGUGGAGCUUAGUUUGAAUUCUGUGUUGUUUUUUGAUGUCGACCAUCAUUGAGAGAUUUAAAGGAAGAGGGAGACAACAGCACAGUUGUGUGCAGGAACACAAAAGUCUAGGGAUUUCCCAAACAUCAUUUGCAUUCGACUGUGGCAAACUGUGGCUUUCCUGAAUGAUCAACUACAGUCUAACUUAUAUAUUAUUUUUUAAAGUUCAUAUACAGUGAGCACCAAAUGGACAAGUCUUUUAAACCCUUAGCAUUCCCUACAAUCUUAUUUUAGUGUCUUAACUGAAGGAAUAAUGAGUUCCAAUCCAUUUAUUCCUUUGCCAUAUAGUGUUAAAUGUAAAAAAAACAAAAAAAAACAUAUUCCUGAUAUUGACGUUUGUUUUGUGUUACAUUUUGGUCUCCGGUUAUCUGAACAGCCAUAGUCAUAGUUUUUUACUUCUGUACUUAAGUCCUGUGUUUUUGCCAUUUGCCUAGAGUUGUGGUAUCAAGGAAUGCUUUGAAGAGAGGUAGAAUCAAAACGAUGGCCACAACAUUACCUGGACUGAAUGAAGGUGUUGCUUUAUUUACUUUGUCUAAAAAUAAAAAUAAAAAAGUUAUAAAAAUACAUUAUUCAAAGUAACCACAAUUUAAUUGUUUAUUUGUAAUUGUAUACAAAUCACUUUUCUAGGCUUCAUAGUACAGCUUAUAAUGUGAAGUGCGAAUUUACAGAAAGGAAUUCUAAUUAAUUUACAAUGGCUUUAUUUUAGUUUUUUCUUCCAAGCAGCAAAGUUACACAUCGAGAGAUAAGUCUAGCCUGUGUGUCAGGAGAAGUGCUUUACUAACUCUCACAACAUGAGACAUCAGAACCAGUCAACCAGCAGUUCCCUUGGACAGGUAGUGAAUGGAUAAAAAGCAGGUUUAAGGAUGGUUUUACAUUUUGUAGUGAAAAAGUAUCCUGUUGUUUUUUUAUUGUUUGUGUAUUUUUCUUUUUUUAUUCUUUUGGACUUAAAUUUGACAUUUUACAUGGACUUUAAUGUUCUUUCAAUCCCCAUGUCUUCCAUUACAGUUAACAAUAAAAACAAGGCAGCCAUAUCCAGGGCUAUUAGUGAUUGAGUUAAGUCAAUUUAAUUGAAGACAAUUUGAAGAAUGUGUGGCCAUUAAUGAACUAAUUGAUAUACUCUGAAAAAUAGGGCUUAAAAAUAAUUUUUAAAGGCAACUAUUUUUCUUUUUGCUUCAUGUGUCAUUUCAUUUUUUGCCCUUGGAAACACUUAUGUCAGUGUCCACCUGACUACAUGUGUGGCCUUGUUCCACAGUUCAGUAUUUAUGAACUUCAAAGGUUGGUGGAAGAAUGUGAUUGAGGUUGUCACCGCCUGUCCUAUCAUGCAUUUAAUUUUUUUCUUCUUUUAAAACCUUCUCCUUGGUCAGUUCCUGUGCUUCUCUUCUGGCUAUGUUAGACUUUGCAGUGCUCCCAAAUGCUUUCCUUCAUAAGACAUUGAAAAAUAUAAAAUAAUAAUAAAAAACAUUUGGCUUAUUUUUCACAGUAGUUAGUAUUUUAUACAAUAAUCUUGUAAGAAAAUUUCUUGAAUUCUAAAUAUUACUCUUUCUAGAUUUUUGAAAUCAAAAGUUUUCAGUAAAAGUUUCGUACUUUAUUUUACUAUAUUAGGUAGUAAAAAUUAGGGUUAUGUACUGUAACCUGUCCAUUAUUAUCAGAAAUCUACAAAUAGCAUCAUAAGGACAUGUAGGAUUGACUGUAGCUGGCAGUGUAGUGUGUAUGGGGUAUUGUAAGAGCUUGAUGUUCCAGAGGGUGUGCCACUCAUUUUGGUCUCCCGUUUCCAUUGGUUGAUUGAGUUGUACCCGUGUCAGAAUUCAAGGCAUUGUUGAUGCACAUAAAAAAGAAGAAAAAAAAACCAGCAACAAGAGUUCAACAUUUCUGUCUCUGUAACAGAAAACACAAUAUGUAUAUAACAUUUAUGUAGCAAUAAAUGUGCCAUGUUUUUUAAACAAGGUUGUAUGUGUGUCUUUCUCUGAAGGAUAUACUCAAUAUUGUCCUGCCCAUUCUUUUAAUUUCUUAUCCAGUAUUUUUAUCUUUCAUGCUGUGUGUGUGUGUGUGUGUCUGUCUGUAUGUAUGAGUGUGUGAAUGUAAAAUCUGUAUUUAUAUGGGCUCAUCUGGUCAGUUGUUUGAUCUCCAGUAAACACAUUCUCUUCUGACUCCUCCUCUUCCCUUAGAACUCCUUUCCAGUGAACCUUGAGGCCCAAAUGAGGAACAAUGUACGAGUGUUUUUAAUUAUGUGACACAUUGAAUUAACUUUUUGAAAGUAUAUCAGUGGACCAUUGUCAUGUGUAUCAUAAAAAGUACUAUGGAAAAUGUGUUUCUAUUUUUUAAUAAAGUGUGAUAGCAGUGUA